UCUGACUACUGAUACACACGCAUACACACACACACAUACACGCGCGCGCGCGCACGCACAUAGAGAGCGAGUAAUGGCAUGAAGCAUUAACAGCAGCAGCAGCACCAUCCUGACUAAAGCGCUUCACACACACACACACACACACACACACGCUGAGCCACUCUGAACUUUGGCUGCGUGCUUUGCGCUGCGAGCGGAGCGCAGAAUCCUGCAGCGCCAGUUGAAGUGUUUUACGCGCGGACGCGCCGCGGCUGUCGGACAUGGGAGCGGAUUAAUGAGGAGCUUUUAUCCGGAGCUUUGAUGGGAGUUGCUGUGUGUUUUUUCGCCCCUGUGCCGAAGUGAGCCAUGUUUCCUCCCUGUGCUCUCUCCUGCCUGGCUGUUCUGCUCGCCUCGGCGCUGCUGCGAGGGACCAACUCACAGCAAGUGUGCACGGGCACAGAAAACAAACUGAGUACCCUGUCAGAUCUAGAGCAGAAGUACCGGAUCCUGCGCAAGUACUAUGAGAACUGCGAGGUGGUGAUGGGCAACCUGGAGAUCACCAACAUCGACCAUAACCGGGAUCUGUCAUUUCUCAGGUCCAUCCGGGAGGUGACGGGUUAUGUGCUGGUGGCUCUGAAUCAGUUCGAAUAUCUGCCUCUUGAGAACCUGAGCAUCAUCCGUGGUACACGGCUCUACGAAGACCGCUACGCCCUCGCCAUCUUCCUCAACUACCGCAAAGGCGGCCCUUUCGGACUGCGCCAGCUCGGCCUGAAGAACCUCACAGAAAUUCUGCACGGAGGUGUGUAUGUGGACCAGAAUAAGUUGCUGUGCCAUGCUGACACCAUCCACUGGCAGGAUAUCGUGAAGAACACUGAUCACCUGGUGGUUCCAUCCAACAGCAGCAGCUCUUGUCAGAGGUGCCAUCGUGCCUGCAACGGCCGCUGCUGGGGUCCAAAAGAGAGCCAGUGUCAGAGCUUGACUAAGACGGUGUGCGCUGAACAAUGUGAUGGACGUUGUUUUGGUCCCUAUGUCAGUGACUGCUGCCAUAAGGAGUGUGCAGGAGGCUGCUCGGGUCCAAAAGACACCGAAUGCGUUGCGUGCACUAACUUUAACGACAGCGGGGCGUGUGUGACGCAGUGUCCUCAGCCCUUCGUCUACAACCCUACCACCUUCCAACUGGAACACAACCCUCGCGCCAAGUACACAUACGGAGCCUUCUGCGUCAAGAAGUGCCCACAUAACUUUGUGGUGGAUCACAGCUCGUGUGUCCGUGCUUGUCCCAGCAACAAGAUGGAAGUGGAAGAGAACAAGAUAAAAAUGUGCAUUCCCUGCACUGACAUAUGCCCCAAAGCAUGUGAUGGAAUCGGGACGGCGAGUCUGCAGACGGCUCACACCGUCGACUCCAGCAACAUCGACAGGUUUAUUAACUGCACUAAGAUCAAUGGCAACCUGGUGUUCCUCAUCACGGGAAUCAAAGGUGAUGCAUACCACAACAUUGAGGCUUUGGACCCGGAGAAACUCAACGUGUUCCGCACUGUUCGCGAGAUCACCGGCUUCCUGAACAUUCAGUCAUGGCCAGAAAACAUGACGGACCUGAGCGUCUUCUCUAAUUUGGCAACCAUCGGUGGCCGAUCGCUCUAUAGUGGAAUCUCUCUGCUGGUGCUCAAGCAGCAGUGGAUCUCAUCGCUGCAGCUGCAGUCUCUGCGUGAGAUCAGCGCCGGCAACGUCUACAUCUCCAACAACAGCCAGCUGUGCUACUACAACACCAUCAACUGGACCAGCCUCUUCCGCAUCCCGACACAGAAAGUCCUGAUCCGCAACAACAGGGACCCGAAAGAGUGCCUUAUGGAGCGCAUGGUGUGUGACCCGUUGUGUUCAGACGCCGGGUGUUGGGGUCCGGGUCCAGAUCAGUGCCUGUCGUGCCGCUUUUUCAGCAGGGGGCGCGUGUGUGUGAAGUCCUGCAAUCUAGACUACGGGGAGGUGCGAGAGUUUGCCAAUGGCUCCAUGUGUUUGGAGUGUGACGCUCAGUGUGAGAGAGCUGAAGAUGACGGUCUGACCUGCACUGGGCCGGGUCCUGAUCAUUGUGUGAAGUGUCUUCACUUUAAAGAUGGGCCUAACUGUGUGGAAAAAUGUCCCGAUGGACUCCAGGGAGCCAAUAGUUUCAUUUUUAAAUAUGCAGAACCCAACAAGGAAUGUCGUCCCUGCCACACCAACUGCACCCAGGGGUGCACCGGGCCCAGGCUUCAGGACUGCAUUGGCAUGAUUGACAGGACUCCGCUGAUUGUGGCAGGGGUGAUCGGUGGCUUGUUCGUGGUGGUCAUCGUGGCCCUGGGCGUGGCCGUGUCGGUGAGAAGGAAAAGCAUCAAAAAGAAAAGAGCACUCAGGCGCUUCCUGGAGACGGAGCUGGUGGAGCCUCUGACCCCGAGUGGUGCGGCACCCAAUCAGGCCCAGCUCAGGAUACUCAAGGAGACGGAGCUGAAGAGGGUGAAGAUUCUUGGUGCAGGAGCCUUCGGUACCGUCUAUAAGGGGAUCUGGGUGCCUGAGGGUGAGACGGUGAAGAUCCCGGUAGCAAUUAAGAUCCUGAACGAGGCGACGGGACCCAAAGCCAACGUGGAGUUCAUGGAUGAGGCACUGAUCAUGGCCAGCAUAGAGCAUCCUCACCUGGUGCGUCUGCUCGGAGUGUGUUUGAGUCCCACCAUCCAGCUGGUGACCCAGUUAAUGCCCCACGGCUGCCUGCUCGACUACGUACACGAGCACAAGGACAACAUCGGCUCCCAGCUGCUGCUCAACUGGUGUGUGCAGAUCGCCAAGGGCAUGAUGUAUCUGGAAGAGCGGAGGUUGGUGCACCGAGACCUGGCAGCAAGGAAUGUGCUGGUCAAAUCCCCUAACCACAUCAAGAUCACAGACUUCGGGUUGGCGAGGCUGUUGGACGCAGAUGAAAAGGAAUACAAUGCGGAUGGCGGGAAGAUGCCUAUUAAAUGGAUGGCCUUGGAGUGUAUCCACUACAGGAAGUUCACGCACCAGAGCGAUGUCUGGAGUUACGGAGUGACUAUUUGGGAGCUGAUGACAUUCGGAGGAAAGCCGUACGAUGGAAUUCCCACACGCGAGAUCCCUGACCUGCUGGAGAAAGGAGAACGACUCCCUCAGCCACCCAUCUGCACCAUCGACGUCUACAUGGUCAUGGUGAAAUGCUGGAUGAUUGACGCGGACAGCAGGCCGAAGUUUAAGGAGCUAGCGGCGGAGUUCUGCAGAAUGGCCCGAGACCCCCAGCGCUACCUCGUCAUCCAGCAAUCUCGAUACUGUAACAGCGCAGUAAGGAUUACCAGAGUGUACAGCUCUGAUGAUAACGCUGCUGUUCCUCAGGGUGACGACCGGAUGAAGCUGCCCAACCCCAAUGACAGUAAGUUUUUCCAGAGUCUGCUGGAUGAAGAGGAGCUGGAGGACCUGAUGGAUGCCGAGGAAUACCUGGUGCCUCACACCUUCAACAUCCCCCCUCUUACCUACACCACUCGCUCACGCCUUGACUCCAACCGAAAUCAGUUUGCCUAUCAGGAUGGCAGUUUUGGUAUGGAGGCGAUGAUGGCCACGAUACCGCGAGUGGUAGCUGUGUCCUCUGUAUCACCAUCGUGCUCCAAUCAAGAGCCUCAGCAGGGUGCAGCAGGAGUCACAGAAGACCCGCGUUGUAACGGUACCCUGAGAAAACAAGCAUCUCCCCGGGUCAGGACCGGAGAAGAAAGCAGUGCUCAGCGCUACAGCACUGAACCCACACUGCUAUUGAGUGAACGAGCAGCCAGAGCUGAAAAAGACCAGGAUGGAUACAUGACUACUAAGAAGGAGAAGAAACCCACAGAUUAUCUCAACCCUGUGGAGGAGAACCCAUUUGUGACACGCCGCAGAAAUGGAGAAGUCCAUAAUCUAGACCAGGGCCACCAUUCCAGCUCCAACGGCCAACCCAAGAUGGAGGAUGAAUAUGUCAACGAUCCACUCUAUCUCAACACCUUCCACAACUCUGGAGAGAAGAAUCAGGAGACCAUGCGUAAGAAUGGCGUCCCUGUGGCUCAUGCAACGGUGGCGUCGGGCAACUCUGGUACUGCCAGUGGCCAAAAUAUUGCCCCAAAAGGUCAUCCAUCACACAGUGCUCCCUCAGGGCAUGGCCACAUCCCAGCACAGCCCAUUUACUCUACUCAGUCCGGUAUACCCAUUCUUUCAGGUCACACGAUCCAUCCUUCACUUUCGGGCCACACCCUCCACGCAUCACAUACCCUCCACCCAGCUCACUCUGGCACCGUUGUAGCGGACAAAAAGCCCAAAAAGACCUUUGACAACCCUGAAUACUGGCAGCACAGUCUUCCACCCAAGGCGACACUACACGGGCCGGAGGUCUUGCAGGACUGCAGCACACGCUUCUUCUACAGGCAGAAUGGCCGUAUCCGGCCUGCCGUAGCUGAAAACCAGGAGUACCUAACAGAGUACGCCCUGAAAACAGGCACCGUGCUCCCACCGCCACCCUACCGGCAGAGGAACACAGUGGUGUAGCACCAGCAAGGCGAAAGAAAGAAAGAGAGUGGAAGGAGAAGGAGAAUAGAAGAAAAGAAGCAGUCAUGUUUUCUUCUCACCCUGGAUCUUAUACCAGUACCAGUUCUUCUACCGUUCCCUCUUCUCCUGAUUGUAUUUCAUGCUUAAUUAGCAUCCAGAUGGUGUUUCUCUAAACAAGACAGCUGAAAGACAACCAUGUCAGUCAACCCUUCUCCUUGUUUUACUCCUCCACAUCCCACUGUCACAAAUACUUGCCAUGGUGUUGUUGGCACGUAGACUUCGCAUUGUCUUGGCAAGACAGAUACCCUUUCCUCUGCCAUGCCAGAUCCUCUAUUUGCACCAUACUGGAAUUGGUUUGGAGAACUGGUAGGCAAGUUAACAUUUACAACAAGGUCUUUGACUGCCAAUCUACUGCCACACUGUGGACAGUUUUAAAGAAGUCAAGACAAAACAGCACCAAGUGUGUCUACGUGGGCCCUUUUUCUGCACUGCUAUUACCCUAGUAAUUAUUUAUCCUAAUUUGUUAGAUAGAUAUCAAAAUGGUAUUCCAGAUGCUAAUACAUACUGUUCCUUUACUACAGCUGCAUUUUCGUCACUUACCACACGUGACGCUCUUAAAAAGUCCUAGGAGAGGUGUUUGGGACAGCAUCAUGUCUCAUCUUCAUAGUACCAUUUAGUCCCUAUUAUAGUCACUGCAUUUCUUUUUAGAUCAAUGAUAAUAGAGUUACCCAAAAGGUCCAAAGACCUAAUGUCGGGACCAUAAAGUGCCAGCACAAACCCCAUGUGUCCAAACGUCUCAAGCACACACGCACACACAAGCCAAAAAAAAAAAAUGGUGAGUUUCAGCAUGGCACUCACACAGAGAGGAACAUAUGGCUACUGCAAAGUCUAUUGUUCAUAAAAGAAGAUGUGUUCAAUAGUCUGUUGCGUUUUUUUUUUUCUUUCUUGUCCACCCAGCCAGCAUCGAUUUUUUUUUCCACCAUCACACAGCAACAGUUGUCACACAGCAAAAGCACCAGUUAUGAUAAUGGACCGCACACAGAGAGGUAAUAAAAAGGACUAUACAGAGUGCACAAACUGGAUCUAUCUUAAAUGCCUGAUAAUAAUGACCAAGGCAUAUACAGAAUGGGCGAUAUAGACCUCUUGGCCAAUACUGACCUUUUGUUGAUUGCUUGAGCAGUACAGUCUGAGAUAUGAGGAGUGAUAUGAAAUUGUGAUAGUCCAUCAAACGAGGGCCGGCAAGUGGUAGACUGGGACUCACGGUCAAUAGGAAACGCUUGAGCUGGCACAAUUAAUAUUGAAGCAGAGGAGCAUGUGCCAAGUGGAAACAAACAAACAAAAAAAAAAAAAAACACUAAUAUACAACAUUUGGGGCAGAGACUUCUGAGUUCUCGGUAUCAGUCUUCUCCCUUUGGACUGUCCUCAGCUCGAAACACGAAAACUAAAGUUGUACUUCCUGCAACUUUCAUAGGUUUGUAUUAUACGAUACGCGAUUCUCAUCAUGUUGGAGAACAAAUUGAAAAAUGUCGCACGGUGAGAGAGAACAUGUCGACCAAGCGUCCAAAGCCAGGAGUACGUGGAGUUUUGAACACUGCCAGGCGUUAUGUUUUUCUGCUAAUGGAGAGACUCGGCUUGUCUCUUAUGUAGGUUUUAAAAGCACUUAAUGGUCUGGCACUGUCAAAUAACGUCUCUCUUUCCAACCACGGAGACUGAUGAAUAUUUGACUCAUCCAUUUGAUUCCUCUUUUGUCAUUAUUGGUAGAGGAAAGCCAGCCUCCGUGCGUAGGUUGUGCUACGUGUUGUUUUUCUUUUUUGCUGUUGUUGUUAUUUUUGUUUUUAUAAUAUAUAAAGGUUUAAAAUCUCCUACCAAUGUUUUAUACCCAUAGAUUAACUAUAGUUCAAGAUAAAAAUUGGUUUUCAGUUGGGUUCUGUUGACAGUUCUCCAAGACCAGCCUAGGCUUAAUACACAGACGAUAUAGUCGGAAGGUUUUUCUGUAUACGCAUGUCAUCAUUUCUGGUUUGUCCCUAUACUGAAAGUGAAACUGGUACCAAUUGCAUACUGUACCAGAUGUUUUAUAUGAUUUUUGUUUGUUUGUUUGUUUGUUAUUAAGUAUUGUUUGCUUUAAACAAAAGUUAUUACUUUAAGUGAUCUCCAGCUGAAAACAAUGAAAAGGAACACCAAACUGCUUCACCACAUAUCCCAAAGGUAUACGGAAUAGGUCAGAUUUAAAUUAUUGUUUAAUUAUUCUAUGGUGUUCCUAUUAACAUCUAAAAAGAGAUACAAAUAGCCUGCACGGUAUCAAUUUGAUACUUGAAUCGGUUUUAAUUUAGAUAUUGGCAGUAGCUUUAUGUAACGACUGCGGACUAAGUGCCAAGCUAAACCAAGGUUAGAUGACUACUUUAGUUAUGUGCAUAAUUACUGUUAGACUGAGGUGAGAGGGAAAACGUCUAAUAAAUGGGAUGUGAGGGGAACUUCUUAACUAGGUGAAGACACUACUUCUGCACGUGUGCUUACAUUAACGGAAUGGUUAGUAAGAUUUUCAAGGUAAAUGUGAUUGAAGCGAAUAACCAUAUAACGGAGAACGAUGUUCUGUGACGUGAUCGCAGAGAGGUUAAUGUAUCCUUAGUUAUUAAUAAUAGUUAUGGGCAUACAGUACAUAUCAUCAAUAAUCACUUCUUGUUCCACGUCACAUUUCACAAAGUAUCAAAAGGUUUCUGAUCAUACCUUUGAAAGCAUGUAUCACAUAUAUAGCAGCUAUGGAGGAGGAAGUCCUUGGAGAAACCCGUGUAUAGAUGUAGCAAACACAGGGACAGAGCCCUCCUUAAACUAAUAAGCAGCUAAUAACAUAACGUCUAGACCAAAACACUGAAGGAGUAACAAACAUCUGUGAUAACCUUGAAGGGAGGAGACUCAAAAUUGAAGAAGGUUUGCGUGGCGGCCUGGGAAAACCACCCACAGGGUCGAUGUAUUUAUUUAUUGUUUCAUUUUCCACUAAAACAGAACGGGUGUCUUAUAUGCAUAAUCAGAAGUUUAUUCUCAAUGUGAGAAAUUCAUAAUAAACAAAAAAAUUCAUUCAUGACCUAUGGAACCACAGCAUUACUGCCCAAUUGUUAAGAAUUGUACAUUUGUGUGAAAUGGGUUGUAAAGUUGCUCAUCGGUAAUCAGCCUCAUCACACCGGAUUCAUUCAUUCACUUCUUCGGUAAAUGUUGAGUAACUUUCUUGUUAAUAAUGUCUUUUAUUCUCGGUUUGGAUCAUGAUGCGAUACGAUCAGGACUAUCGAAGGCGUUUUUAACCGAUGGUGUCCGAUUACAAAAUGAAAUGGAUUGAAUACGAAUUCAUCCAACUUGACAUUCUCUGUGUGAGGGAAUAACUCUUAACUAGUGAGGUUUUAGAGGUCUUUAGGCAGAUGUCAAAGCAAGGAUAAAAAAAAAAAACUAGCCUAAUAUAUAUAUAUAUAUAUAUAUAUAUAUAUAUAUAUAUAUAUAUAUAUAUAUAUAUAUAUAUACACAUUAUUUAUUUAUUUAUUUAUUUAUUUUUUUAAAUGUCCACAUUUUACCAUUUUCUAUUACUUAAAGUAGAAAUGUAAAGUAUAAUACUGGCAGAUAUUACUGCCAGAAUUUAGCCACAUCGACAUCCAAAGGGUUUUCCCACGCCGCCGCAUAUAUAAUGGAUGAAAAGAUUCUCUCAAUGAAAAACCUAAAUAAGGAUCAACAUUUAGAUCUCAGUAACCUCAUUUCUCUUAAUAUGAAUGUGCAAACACACCUUUUGAAAUGUGACCCUUUUGUAAAUAUCUGGAGCUUUUUUUUUUCUUUCUUUCUUUUUUUGGAUUGACAAUGUGAAAAUGCUAUUGAAAUGUCAUUGAAGGUUUCUUCCUUUGUGUAUUUAAUGCUUGAAGUUAAUAUCUGUAGGUACACUACUUGUCUAUUUCUUCCUGAAAUUCCUACAAACACUUCACUUGGCCUUGAAAUGUAUAUCUGGAAAACAAACGAACAAACAAACGAACAAAGAAAAAAAACGACUACAACACACUACACCAAACGAUAUACAGUUGAACAAGCAGAAAGACAGCACUUGUAUCACAAUUAUGAAAUUGUUUUAUAUGUGUGUAUAUAGCAAUCAAAAUGAUUCAACCCCCGGUGCAAAUCAGGUUUAUUGACAAAAUUCUACAGACUUUCAGCUGUUUGCGAUGAAGAAAUCAAACAAAAGCGAUUGGAAUAGUUCAACAUAACGGAUGCUUCAAGUGGUUUCCCCAAAUUCAACUGAAAAUGCGACUUAUAAUGAUUUCUCCCGUUUCAAAAUGAUUCAGCCCCUUCAUGGCGAGCGUCUUUAGUACUUAGUAGAGCGCCUUUGCUGUUAUGACCUGCUGCAAACGAGACACCGGUUUCUGGCAGCGUUCCUGAGGAAUCUUAUCCCAUUCCUCGUGAGCAAUGGCCUCCAGUUCAGUAAUAUUCUUGGGUUUGCAUGCUGCAACGCCUUCUUCAAAUCCCACCAGAGAUUUUCUAUGGGGUUCAAGUCAGGUGCCUGUGAUGGCCCUGUAGAAUCUUCCAGGACUUCUUCUGCAACCAAGUCUUAGUGGAAUUUGAGGUACGCUUGGGAUCACUGUCCUGUUGGAAGGUCCGAUGACGCCCAAGCUUCAGCUUCCUCACAGACUUCAUGAUGUUUUCUCCUAGGAUUUCCUGAUACUUCAAUGAAUCCAUCUCGCCUUCCACACGCUGCAGGUUUCCAGUGCCAGAGGAUGCAAAGCAGCCGCAGAGCAUCACCGAGCCACCACCAUGCUCGACUGUGGACAGAGUGUUCUUUCUUCAUUCUUCUUUCUCCAGACAUACCGCUGAUCCGUCGUGCUGAAAAGUUCCAGUUUUGUUUCAUCGCGCCACAGAACAGAAUCCCAAAACUUCUGUGGUUUAUUUAUAUGAUUUUGAGCGACUUUUCUUGUGCUUUUGGGUCAGUAGUGGUGUACGUCUCGGAGUUCUGGCAUGGAAACCUUCUGCGUUUAAUACGCGCCUUACUGUGCUCACUGAAACCUCAGUGCCUGUUGCACCAAGUCUCACUACAGGUCUUUUGCAGUCACUCGAGGGUUUCUCACAACCUGCUUUCUCACAAAUCUGGUUGCAGCCGUUGAUAGCUUCCAUUUGCUGCCCCGUCAAGGUAUUUCGUACAUUUUCUGCCACUAGCCAGUUCAGGCAUUGCACAUGUUCCAGCUCAAAACUGGUGCAACUAAUGAAGCCCUUGAUUAGUCGCAGCAGGUGUGCUUGAGACAACACCUGUUUUGCAUAUCUGUGCCGUUGUGAGGGAUUCUAUUCAGGGGGGUGAAUAAUUUUGAGACUGGAGAAAUCAUAAGUUGCAUUUUCAGUUGAAUUCAGGGAAAACACUUGAAGCAUUCGUUAUGUUGAACUAUUUCAACUGCUUUUGUUUGAUUUGAUCAUCGCAAACAGCUGAAAGUCUGCACAUUUUGACAAUAAACCUGAUUUGCCCUGGGGGUUGAAUAAAUUUCGAUUGCACGCAUGCACGCACACACACACACAUACAGUAUAUAUAAUAUAAGACCACGUGAUUUCAGGAUGUUUCAGCUUUCAGCACACUGUUGUUAAAAAAGAAAAGUAAUUGCUUUUUUUUUUUUUUUUAACAACUACUAAGUUGUUAAAGUACUGAUUUAUAUCCACCAGUGCUAUUGACACUUGAAUAAGGGAUUCGCAUGAAGUACAAGGUUUGUGUUUGGGCAGUGGUUUAUUUUUCACUGUACUCUUUCAUAUUUACAGUCAUUUAUUUCGCUCAUGUCUAUGUGACCAGAAAGUACAGAGCGAGAGAGAGAGGAAAAGACUAAGCACAGUUUACACAUCCAUCCUCCGUUUUAUAUCCAACCGGUCGAGGGAAGGCGACAUCUUCCUGAGCAAUGAAAAAAAACCCACUUUGCAAUGGUCGUUCCUUGUGAUUUUACUACUGUUAACUGAGAAAAUGUGAAUAGUAUUUUUAUAGACUGUUGAACUGGCCAGGUGAAUUUGUAAAUAGAUGGUACUCAUUCUCUCUUUUUUGUUUCUUUGGGGUUUUUUUUUUUUAUUAUUUUUUUUUACACAGCAUCUCAGUUGGUCUUUGUUUAACCACAGUGUGUAUGUGUGUGUGUGUGUGUGAGAGAGAGAGAGAGAUCAAGUUAUUCCUAUUUGAUUUCUGUAUAUAUCUGUAAUUUUAGAAGCACUUAUUUCGUUCGUAGAGCUUGCGGGGAUUUAUUUUAUUUAAUUUGUUUUGUAGCGCCCCGAUGUGAUCCUUGUGACUGUAUUUAGCCCAACUUGGUGGACCUCGUGUUCCUUAAUCUCUGCCCUUGCUCAAAGUGGUAGGAGUUGAUUCGUUUCCUUCUUUCUGUCAGGUAUAACCUCACUUGCAUCCUUAUUUUUAUCUUUUGUACAGAAUAUUGCUGUGGAGGGAGUCCACAGCUCUCUUGCAAUACCGGUUAUUUCCCCUUGGUGUGACCUCCCCCAACCCCCCCCGUCAGUGCAUCUAGUUUUUGCUCUAAUUAAUAUCGCGUUCUUUCAGUCAAGGUCAUACUGAUCAAACUUUUCAAUGCAGGACAUGGAAUCAUCCAUGUGGUCACUGUGACUCUGGGAAGCUUGACCUAUAUGACUUUAAGACUCCCAUCCUGGACCACUCCUCUGUCUGAGAAGUGGUUCCGAUGUGGCUCCCGUUAAUUGCCCUCCUAAUGGUGUUUCUCCGUGAGAUUAAUGUGUCGUUAUGUAUUAUCCACUUUGACAAAUUGAAUAAUUGAUCGGACGGCUCAUUUCGCCGCCCCAAGCUUUGACUGAUGGCUUGUCAGAGCAAAUUCUUGUCUUUUUUCUUUCUUUUUCUUUUUUUUUUCCUGUCGAGACGAGAAGCACCACAGAGAGCAAUGCAGUAGGAGGUUGGGUUCCUGCUGACUCGAUGCUCUUCCCUCCUCCAAAAAAAAAAAAGUUUUGUUACAUGAAUCUGUCAAAAGUAUAUUUUUAAUUUAAUAUAAAUAAAUAAAUGCCAAUACAGUACCUAAAA